AUGGGCAACCCGGAUCUGGUUGAGGAAUCAGAUUCGGAGCUGGCAGACGUAGUUGAAGAAGAAGAAGGAGGAGGAGAAGGAACGGUGGAUUCAUCGUCGCCUCCGAGCUCUUGCUCUCACGGCCACAGAUGUUCUCUCAACCUCAGGACUCGACAAGGAGGCGCCAUCUGCUUGCUCUGCCUCUCCAACCUCCUCACCGCCCCUCGCCCGCCCACCGUCCACGUCUCCUACGCCCUCUCCCAGCUCUCUCGAGCCCUCUCGGACCCCCCGUUCCUCCGAUCUCUCCUCACCUUCCACGCCCACCUCCUCGUCUCCCCUCUCGUCCAUGCGCUCUGGGCCUCCGACGACGAGCCGAUUGCUUGCCAGAUCAUCGACCUGGUCGUCCUACUGUCGGAUUCCGGCCGCGAAUCGGCAUUGGCUUGUGAGUUCGCGUCUAGGGUUUCGGGCCUGCUCUGUUCUCGCGCGCUGGGGUGGAGCCGACGCCAGGUGCAUGUGCUCCACUGCUUUGGAAUCCUUCUAAACCAUGGGACAAUUGAUAUUUAUGCCUCAAUUAAAGAUAAACACGCCCUUGUUGUUCAUCUUGUGGAUGGUCUUCAACUGCCGAGUGGCGACAUCCAGGGGGAGAUAUUAUUUGUGCUGUACAAGUUGUCAGUCCUCCAGCGGGAAUAUGGGGAUGGUGACAAAAGUGAGCCUUUUGUUACUUGUAGUCCCAAGCUCGUUCAUCUGCCGUUGGAUGUCCUCUUGAAGACCCAAAGUGAUGAUGUUCGCCUGAACUGUGUAGCAUUUAUGUCGAUGCUGGUUCAGAGAGGGCUUCUCAAAGAUCCGUAUGAUGAUUGUAUGAGCAACUUGAGUUCUGUUGAAGCUGAUAGUCUCGCACAAGCUACAGAUGAUUUAUCAGACCUCUGCACCUUAUUUUCAGAGGCCAUCAAAGGUCCAUUGCUUUCAUCAGAUGGACAAGUCCAAAUGGGCACAUUAGAGUUAAUUGCCUAUUAUUUACGUGAACUAAAUUCAGUCAAGCAGUUUCAACUUUUGGUGGAAGCCAAUAUUGCGGAUUAUGUAUUCGAAAUCCUCAGGUUAUCAGCAUGCAAGGAUCCUGUCAUCAGCUCUUGCCUUGGAGUUCUUGAUCUCCUGUCAAAUGCUGGACAAGCUUUUACACAGAGACUUGCAGUUGGCUUUGCAUCUCUAAUUCCUGUCUUUGCUUAUGUUGCCGAAGUGCCUUUUCAUCCUGGUCAGCUUCAGCUACUGAAGCUCGUCUUUAGUUGCAUUUCUGACUGCCCUGGAGUGGCAUCAACUUCACAAAGUGAACAACUAGCUGUUAUUUUGGCGAGGAUGCUUAGAAGAUAUGAUUAUGGCGAAACAGGCAUGCUUUCAGAAUCAUUCAUGCUGUCAUUAAAAGAUGCCAUUUUGGCUUGUCUAAGUGCCACCAGAGAGCAUACAUACCUCCUCCUGCAUUCCUUGCUUCUAUUCAGAGAGGCCUUUGCUUAUGGUUAUGGAGGUUACCCUGUCAGCAACUCCAACAACAAUGGAUUGGAAAAUUGUGUCAUUGAUAUAUGUAGACGAUGGCCAUUGCCUUGGCUAUGGACAUCCAUCAAAGGAGAAGAGGAGGAUGAGGAGACUGUCCUGGGUGUACUUGAUAGUUUCCAUGCAAUACUUCUUCACAGCUAUGACGACCAAACUAGUGAGGACCUGAUCUCUAGUUCUUGGUUCACCUUCUCAUUCAGCUGUUUGGCUUUAUAUCCUACAGAGAGGAUGGAAAGCCGAAUUUAUUUGAUGAUGAGUUCACUCAUGGAAGUUCUACUUGGAAAUGAUUGUGGGAAGAACAUUAGGGAUGCUAUGUCUUACCUUCCAUCUGAUCCAAAUGAUUUGCUGUUUCUGCUAGGGCAACAGAGCUCCCAUAAUCUGCAGUUAUCCUUUUGUCAAUCUGCGGUCCUCCAAAUUUUGUAUUGCAGUUCUUUGUUUGAUGAAAGGCUUGCAGCUGAUAAAAUAGUGUUAGCUUCCAUUGAACAAUUUAUCCUUGACAAUGGGUGUGAUCCAACACGCACUUCUAUGAGUUCGUCAACUGUUAUUCAACUAGUUGCUGUAUAUAGUCUGUAUAGGGUUCUUGCCAAGAUGGGCUACCAAAUGCCAUAUAGUCCAGAAGCUCAGAGGCCCUUUAUACGACUAGUCACCAAAAGUGAAUGGGAUCUGUUGUCUGCUAGAAUUCACCCUACGUCACUUAAAUGGUUGUUUCAACAAGAGAAACUCUGUGAAUCACUGUUGUCACGGAAAAUAACCAAGGAAAAUAACCAAGAGAAUGACCUGACUUCAGUAUUGAAUCUCAUGGAAGAUGUCAUACGUAUGUUUCCUGAGGCUUCUAACAGAUUAUGCUUGAAUGGAAUAGCAAAGGCAAUUCACAUCUUCUAUAAUGAGUCAAGCCCAUCCUCACAGGUAUACGCGGCCAUAGCAGUUUUCAUUUUCAACAUAUUGAGUUCAGUUGACUCAGAUGCUCUUGCUGAUGAUGAAGCUUGGGUUGCAGUUGCUUUGAAGGUGACUGUCUAGAUAACUCCACCUAGUAUAAGAAAGUGCUCUACUUGUUGCUUGAUUCUUGGCAUUUUGUGUUUGGUUUUGCACCACUCAACAAAUGGAGCACUAGUGGAGGCUUCAAAAACUGUUCUUCUCAACGCUUCAUUGGCAUCAACCUUGUCCAGUGCUAUUCAUGUGGCCUGUCCGAAUGGACCAGGAAUGCAUAACAUUGAUGAGGGAACAAAGGCUGGAGAAACUUUGUUACAUGCGCUUUUAUUGCACUAUUUUGCUUUCAAAAGAAUGCAUGCCGUUUUAGCAAGUGCAGUGGACCGGGAUAAUCUGAUUGGUCAAUCAACAUGCAUCGGGUCACGUCCUUUCUUAAGCAUCAAGUGCCAUGACUUGUGCAGGCUGAUGCAUUUCAGACCUCCUCUUGUCAAGCUCGUCGCUUCAUACUGUCUGUUGGAGCUGUUUAUUAGGUUAUCCGAACAAAGAGACAGCGAGCAUGAGGACCUAUGCACGAAUAAAUACUGGAUGUCACUGAUGGCUGUAUUUGAAGGCUUGCUUUUGUACAAUGAUACCAGAGUGGCAAUGAACAGUAGCCUUUGCCUCACAAUGAUCUUGAAGUGGGAAACACAGGAAGUGGCAGAAAUAUUCAACAGGAGAAGUAUGUGGUGCAGCUUGAUUUUGGAAGAGUUGGUGAUAUAUCUGGCAGCUCCGUCUUUAGCGUCUAAAUCUUCCACUAAUCAUCACAAGGCUGCUAUCAUCGUAGCUGUAGCACUACUGAAGCUACCUAAAGUUCCAGAAUGGCUGCGGUCUGUGUUUAAUGAUUCCUUCUUGACUGGUAUACUUGGAAACCUCACAUGCAGUAACUUGAACGCAGAGAUUUUCCUCCUAUUGCGUGAGCUGUUGAACUCUAAGCUCCUGCGUGCUGCUGAUCAUGUGGCCAACCUAAACAGGGUGCUUCAGGAAUCCACGAGGCACACGUACGGUCAAAACUUGAAAGCAGAAAGCAAAGAGAAAUGUCCAAAGAAGGUUAUCACCGUUGACGACGACGCGGGAGCAACUAUCGAUUUUCUUGUCGAUCUGAUUACAUCUGAUUCACGACGAGCAGAGGCUUAUGGAGGACUUCAAAUCGGCAAGGAGAAAUUGCUGGACGAGAUAGAAAUGUUUUUCAGGUUGACAGCAGCAUGUGAUGUUACGAGAAACUCAUAG